AAUUCAGUUUAUCCAGUGUCCUGUUGCAGCUCCAUCAUGGUGCAGAGAGUCGCAGUAAUCGGGGCGGGCCCCUCUGGUCUCACCAGUGUAAAGGCUUGUCUGGAUGAGGGCAUGGAGCCGACCUGCUUCGAAAGCAGUGAUGACAUGGGGGGACUCUGGAAGUUCAAGGAAGUCUCAGAGCCAAACAGGGCCAGCAUCUACCGCUCCCUAACCAUUAAUAUCUCCAAGGAGAUGAUGUGCUACAGCGACUUCCCCAUCCCUGCCGACUACCCCAACUACAUGCACCACUCUAAAAUCCUAAAAUACUUCAGGUUGUACGCAGAGCAUUUUAAACUACUGCCAUACAUUCGCUUCCAGACCUCAGUGAAGAGAGUCACGCAGAGACCAGACUUUUCUCGCACUGGUCAGUGGGAGGUGGUGACAGAGAACAAAGAUGGAUUAGAAGAGAAGCACGUGUUUGAUGCAGUCAUCUGCUGCUCGGGUCAUUUCAACUACCCUAACCUGCCGCUCAAAGACUUCCCAGGAAUUGAGACGUUUGAAGGAAAAUACUCUCACAGUUGGGACUACAAGGGACCUGAGGACAUGCACGGGAAAAGAGUGGUGGUCAUCGGCAUUGGUAACUCAGGAGGAGACAUCGCUGUGGAGGGCAGCAGAGUUGCCGAGCAGGUUUACCUGAGCACUCGCAGUGGUGCCUGGGUCAUCCGUCAGGUUUCUGACAACGGCUUACCGGUUGACAGGUUCAACACACGCUUUGUUCAUGUUAUGUUUAGGCUGCUGCCCAUGAGUGUUCUUAACUGGCUGGGUGAGAAAAAGCUCAACGCCAUGUAUGAUCACGCAAUGUACGGCCUCAAACCCAAACACAGGCUCUUCAGCCAGAUUCCAGUGAUCAACGAUGACCUUCCCUUUAAGAUUUUGUCCGGGUCAGUCCUCAUCAAACCAAACGUGAAAGAGAUCCGAGGAUCCACCGUGGUCUUCAAUGAUGGCAGCGCUGCAGAAAAUGUGGAUUUGAUUGUGUUCGCCACGGGGUACAACUAUGAUUUCCCCUACUUGCCCAACAACGUCAUGUACAAGUCAGGGCACCGUGUGGGUCUCUACAAACAUGUUUUCCCCCCAGUCCUUGAGCAUCCUACUCUGGCUAUCGUGGGCUUUAUCCAUUCUGAUGGAGCCAUCAUGCCACAGGCUGAGAUGCAGGCCCGCUUUGUCACUCGUGUCUUCAAAGGACAUAAGAAGCUUCCUUCAAGCCAAGCCAUGAUCAAGGCUGUUGAGAAGGACACAAAUAAUAUUGAGAGAAACUACGUUGUAUCAAGGCUGACACCCCUGCAGGUGGACUUUGUUGAGUACAUGGACGACUUGGCAAAGGAUAUCAAUGUGCGCCCAAGUCUCCUCUGGCUGUUCCUCACUGACUUCCCACUGUUUAGGCGGGUUUUCUGGGGACCCGUUACUGCUUAUCAGUACCGACUGAUGGGACCAGGAAAAUGGGACGGGGCCCGCAGGGCAAUCUUCACCCAGUUCGACCGCAUGUACCAACCCCUAAGAGCCCGACAGCUGGGGCCACAUGAGAGCUCGACGGCAGGCCGUCUGAUCAAGUGGAGCUUGAUGAUCAUGGCUGGAGGAAGUGCCAUCUACUACAUCCAGGUUCACAAUCCAACCAUCCUCCCCACCCUGAUGUCCAAACUUCAUCCACAAACAGUCUAAAAACCCCCAAGUUUGGAACCUCUGACAUUAACUGAAAAGUUAACAGAGGGGACCAGACAUCUGCUAGCAGUGUAGCAAUAUCAACUGUGAUUUCAUAAUGCAGCUCUUUAUACUUUAACAUUUAACACUGGUAACACUCAGACCAACCUGCACUGAAGUAAUGUUUUAUAUUGCAAAAGUACUGUAAGCAGUUUUAACUUUUCACAAGCAGGCCUGAACCAUGCCAUCAAUGUACUGCAGGUCAUUGUUUAUUGAAUACCAUAAUAGGAAGGUUGAGCCAAGAUUGAUUAUACAUUUUCAACCAGGUUGAGGUUGAGUCUAUUCCUGGCAAAAAUGUUAGCUUGCCUUUUUCAUUUCAAACCCAGUUCUGGUGUGAUAUAUGGAUACUUUAAUGUUUGGAUCACUGAAUUGAGUUCAAAUAUCUAGCUGUUAAUUUGAGGUAAAGAAACAGAGGUUGUUCCUUUUUAUUAUUCCAUCUAUUUUGUCCAAUACACCUGUACCACAGUCAAACAGACCUUCACUAUAAUGCUAGCACCACAGUGCUUGCUUAGGUUUAAGAGCCUCACCUUGACUUCUCCAAAGAUUCCUCUUGUGAUCGUGGUAUAAACAUUACAUCCACAUGUCAACAACUCUGCACAGUUUGUGGUAUCGUUCUACCCCUGCACCAAUAACCAAAUAAUUACGUUACCAUAAAUCUGCUGCCAUUACAAUACUGUUGAACCCUGUGAACCGACCAGUGGGUUUCAGCCAGGCUUAAUAACUUUAACAUUUGCUUUGUUUUGUCACAAAUAAAUCAAGCAUAGUAACAGUUGUAAUAUUGCUUACGCUGGAAAAACAUUAUUUUAUGUCUUACCUUUACAAAUGUACCAAAAGUUUGCAUUUAGACCUGAUAACUGUGGAGCUAUUCUUGAUUUAUUUUGUUGUAUAUUUUCAGGUGAAAUUACUUCUGAGGGCUUAAGUUAGUAUUACAUUUAAUUAUGUUUCACACAGAAUACAUACUUCUGAUGUUUUUGGUGAAUAGGAACCAUUUGUCAUAUGAAUAAAAGUUUUAAAGGCACAUAAAGCAAUGGGUGCUCCUCAUACAA